AGGAUUUAAAGGAGUAACAGCGAGUGAUGUCAGCCCUGCCUAAAAUAGAGAGGGAUAGACUGCAAAUCCACUGCUAGGAGACUAAAACCUUCCAAUCCCGCUCUAGUCAGCAGCAGGUCAACACGGUGCUCCUGGAAGAGGAGAAAGCAAAGGAUCAAAGCAAACCCACAAGUCCACCUCCCCCUCUGGCAUCGACCAAGAGAGCUGAAUCUUCACCAGGGGUGGCAGUGCAAGCCCUCAAGUCAUUUCAGGUCUGGAUGCUGGAGAGACAUUGAGCAGAGGCAGGUGCUCCCGGUUCCUAUGUCUUUUUUUUGGUUGGGGGAACUCUGAGGAUUAUUUGAGACGUCUUAUGUCACCACUGAAGGACUUCCCAAAGAUCUUUUAAAGUGAACGCCGAUCCCAGGGACCUCUUGGAGAAGACGCGGAACCCCGAAACAUCAUGACGUCCACUGAAGGUGCCAACAACACCCCCAAACAGGUGGAAGUGCGUAUGCAUGAGAGCCAGCUGACCUCAGACGAAGUGCAUCCCCGAUCACCAUGCCUGAGAUGUUGGGACAAGAUCACAGGAAACCUUUUGCUUUCCCUUACAGUAUUUGGUGUCAUCAUGGGAGCAGUUUGUGGGGGCCUCCUCCGGAUGGCGUCUCCCAUCCAUCCUGACAUUAUUAUGGUCAUAGCCUUUCCGGGAGACAUUCUCAUGAGGAUGUUGAAGAUGUUGAUCCUACCUCUGAUCAUCUCCAGUUUAAUCACAGGAUUGGCUGGAUUGGAUGCAAAAUCGAGCGGACGUCUUGGCACCAGGGCAAUGGUAUAUUACAUGUCAACCACCAUCAUAGCUGCAGUCUUGGGGGUCAUCCUUGUGUUGGCAAUACAUCCUGGGGACCCCAAACUAAAGAAGCAACUUGGAAAGGGCAUAGAAAACGAUGAAGUCUCCAGUUUGGACGCUUUCUUGGAUCUUAUCCGAAAUCUCUUUCCUGAGAACUUGGUGCAAGCUUGUUUCCAGCAGAUUCAAACAGUUACCAAGAAGGUCGUCGUGGAACUCGAAACCGAGGAGCCCACCAAUGUGACAGACUCCUUCUUAGAGCUCGUGAACAACACGGCCCCCACAACUACAGAGGAAAUAAGAAAAAAAUUGGAGUUCAAAGAUGGCAUGAACGUCUUGGGUGUCAUUGGCUUUUUCAUUGCAUUCGGCAUUGCCAUGGGCAAGAUGGGCGAACAGGCCAGACUGAUGGUGGAGUUCUUCAGCAUCCUAAAUGAGAUUGUGAUGAAACUUGUGACAAUGAUAAUGUGGUAUUCUCCCCUUGGUAUCGCUUGUUUGAUCUGCGGAAAAAUCAUCGCCAUUAAAGACCUGGAGCUUGUUGCUAGGCAACUGGGAAUGUACAUGAUCACCGUCAUCGUUGGCCUCAUCAUCCAUGGAGCUAUUUUCUUGCCGACUCUGUACUUCGCGAUCACCAGGAAAAGUCCAUUCCCCUUUCUGGCCGGAAUCUUCCAGGCCUGGAUCACAGCUCUUGGCACAGCCUCCAGUGCCGGAACAUUGCCCGUCACCUUCCGUUGUCUGGAAGAAAACCUGGGCAUCGACAAAAGAGUAACACGAUUUGUGCUCCCUGUCGGGGCCACCAUUAACAUGGACGGAACUGCUCUCUACGAAGCUGUGGCAGCCAUUUUUAUUGCUCAGAUGAACGGUGUGGUACUGGAUGGAGGACAGAUUGUAACGGUGAGCUUGACAGCCACUUUGGCCAGCGUUGGAGCAGCCAGUAUACCCAGUGCAGGCCUGGUUACCAUGCUUCUGAUCUUGACGGCUGUGGGGCUACCCACCCAGGACAUCAGUCUACUGGUCGCUGUGGACUGGCUUCUGGACCGUAUGAGGACUUCCGUCAACGUGGUGGGUGAUUCCUUCGGUGCCGGCAUAGUCUACCAUCUAUCCAAGGCAGAGCUGGACGCUCUGGAUAAGCAGCACGCACAGGAGCUAGAAAUGACCAAGACUCAAUCCAUCUACGAUGACAUGAAAAACCACAGGGAGAACAACUCAAACCAAUGCAUUUACGCAGCGCACAAUUCUGUUGUAGUCGACGACUGCAAGUCUUUCCACCGAGUCGAAUACCAGUCCUGUCUGUAGGUGUUGUGUUCACUGCGGGGACCUUAGUAUGUAAGGUGACGCUGGCAAACAACGGCAAAACGGCAGACUUCAAUGCUGUAGUGGAAGAAACUCUGGAAGCGUAAGGGUGAUGGGAACCCCACCGCCACAGCCUGUCUUCACGAAGAGCGUUAGCGUACAGUAUGAUCUGAUGAAUCUCAUUCCAUUCAUAGCUACCCAGCACAUCCUUUACAGUCAUAGCACAGAAAAACCAUUUUUUGGGCAUCCGAAUAUGCAAAAUGGGCAAAACCAGACCAAUGACUGACUUGGUCUUGGGGUGUCGAGAAUGUUUGAAUGAGCUCACACCUCAUUUUAAGGACUCAGGUAUCAAAUGUGCAGAAUUUGGGAAGGUUCUGUCUACAAGGACAGUGUUCAUUACAUUCCGUUCAAUGGCUGGUCUCCUACCCAUUCCAUGUCAGGAUCUACGUUCAAUGCAUAUACACGGUAUUACAUAGCGGUGACCGACUUGUUUUCUCAAUGACCGCUUCAGGGGGGUCUUGUAUUUUACUAUUAUCUGCUCCGAUAUAUCUAUGUCAUGAUGAAUCUUAUAUUCCGGCCUGACACAAUGUUAAUAUGUUGAAGAGAUAUUUUUGGUCUUGAUACUUCUAGUGACCAUCUAACCAAGAUUCUAUAGGAUAUAUUUUAUAUUCAUAUAUUUCUAGGUUUCCUCACGGGACACUAAUUCAAAAUCAUAGCACUGAUGGUUUUUUUUUUCCUUCUUGAGAGAAUAAUGUUCCUUAAAAAUGUGAAAUUAACUUUGAUAUUCAGAAAUCUGUGACUUGUCUCAUCUCAGUGUAUAUUGUAUUUUAUGGUGUUUGUAUACUCACUUGAUUUGUUUUAUUCAUUUUAUUCUACUUAUCUAUUUAACACAACAUAGACAGAUAUUUCCUUUUACCAGUUACCUUUAGGACACGUUCAUUUGAUGGUUAUUAUAGCACAUUUAAAAAAAAAAAAUAUAUAUAUAUAUAUAUAUAUAUAUAUAUAUAUAUAUAUAUUUAAUUGAAUUUUUUUAAUUUAAUUUUUUUUUUAUGAAAAAGAAUUAGAUCAGAUAUAAAUUUAUUUCUUAUUUUUAUUUUUUGGCAGAUCACUUUUGCCUCAACAUUAUCCAAGUGCUUCAGACAUAUUAAUGCAAUAAAUGUAGGGGGAUGAGAAAAAUAUAAAAUUUUCAAAAUUUUGAAAAGAAAAAAAAAUACAAAAAAUUUUCUGAAUCGGAUUGGAAUUCUGAUUUCUGCAGAAUUUUUGUGUUUUUUUUAUUUUUUAUAAAUUGUCCUUAUCUUAGAUAAUUUAAUAUUUUUCUUAUUCCUCUAAUGAAACAAAAACAUUUUUUUUUCUGUUAUAUUUUUGUGUAAAAAAAAAAAAAAUAUUACCUAUUUCUCGAUAGUAUCUCUAUGAGAAGAGUGAUUAUAAGCACAGGUAUAUUUUUAUGGGAUCUUAGAAUGCAGAAUACGUGCACAGUGCCUCAGGUAUCUGCACCCACUUAGCACAUACGUGUCCUCCGGUAUCGCUCGGUGCCUGCAGGGUAGAAUGGAUUCGGCGCGAAUUCCUCUAGAGACCGUUACCAUGGCAUCCUGGAUCUGCACCUGGCUUCCGAUGAUAGCACAAGCAGCCGGGAUGCUCUAUAUAGAUAUGGCAGGUGAUGCUACAGUUUGCAACGUGCAAAAAUACCCAUCAUCGAGUGCAACUCCCCCUCCCCCUCUUUUCUUAAUGAUAGGCUCGAAAAUUUCACACCGCCAGAGCUAGAUAAAGUUUAGGCGACUACAUGGCCGAUAUAUUUGUUAUAUGUAUUUCACAUAUUUUCUCCAGAGCUUUUAUAAAAUUUAACUGACAGGCAUUUAAAGGGUUACUCCGCUGCUUAGCGUUUGGAACAAAUUGUGGCUCGUGACGCCAUAGCCCUGCCUCCAUGAUGUCAAGCCCCGCCCCCUCAAUGCAAGUCUUUGGGAGGGGGCGUGACGGCUGUCACGCCCCCUCCCAUAGACUUGCAUUGAGGGGGUGUGGCGUGACGUCAUGAUGGGGCGUGGCUAUGACAUCACGAGCUCCCAGCGCCGGCUUCCGCGUUCAGAACAGUUUGUUCCAAACGCUGAGCAUCGGAGUAGCCCUUUAAGCUCCACCCACAGUCAGACAUGUGACCUAACAGCUUAGCACUAACUGGAUAACUGCUCUCUAAGAUAGCGCCGGAGCAAAAUAUGGUUUAGGUGACUACAUGGCUGAUUUAUAUAUCUUUUGAGCUAUUAUAUGUAUUUUACAUAUUUUCUCCAUUUAAAUCCAGAGCUUUUAUAAAAUUUUAUUGACAGGCGUUUAAGCUCCACCCACAGUCAGACAUGUAACAUAACAGCUUAGCGCUAACUGGAUAAGUGCUCUCUAAGAUAGCGCCGGAGCUAAAUAUGGUUUAGGUGACUACAUGGCUGAUAUGUCUAUUGAUCUAUUAUAUGUAUUUUACAUAUUUUCUUCAUUCAAAUUCAGAGCUGUUUUUAAAGUUUAACUGCCAGCCGUUUAAGCUCCACCCACAGCCAGACAUGUGACCUUACAGCUUAGCGCUAACUGUAUAACUGUAUGCUGGGCUCUCACGAGCCGCUGCUCUGCCAAAUAGCGCCAAAACUAAAUAUGGUUUAGGUGACUACAUGGCGGAUAUAGAUGUAUUUUAUGUUUUUGUUUUUUUUCUCCAUUCAAGUCCAGAGCUGUUUUCAAAGUUCAACUGCCAGCCGUUUAAGCUCCACCCACAGCCAGACAUGUGACCUUAGCGCUAUCUGUAUAACUGCUCUAAAAGAGCCUACAUUCCGUAUUAUACACCUACCUACCUAGGGUCUAAUGAGGAGGGGCAUAAUUUCUGUACCUUGCACUUCUUAGUGACCGGUCUUAUAUAGUCAUUGACCAUAGAAAAGCACAAAGGGAGAAAGAAAGCACAAGUGAUCACGUUCCGUCCGAUGGAAUCCGCGUUCACCAGUUCCUAGGUAUUUGUGAUGCUUCCGACUGGUGGAUCCGUCUUUGGGACGAGUAAAAUUUAAUUAUCAUAAAUUAUUAUAAAUGAUUCAUUAUGAGACAUAAUAUCCUGUUCUGUGCGUGAAACGGGAUGUACUUUAUUAUAGGCCCCGCCCCCUCACCUAGAGGACUGCUACAGUGUAAAGAAUAGUGAAAAGACAUGGAAAUCUUUGAUUUUGAUGGUAAAAUGACUCUUUUGUGUCAUAAGAGUCAACGACCGCUGCCAACUUUCAUUGCCUACAUGAUCGAGAGCCAGCCCACCAUCAGUCGUACCGCCCUCUACUCCUCCCACAAUGCCUAGAACAUUCCUAAGAUAGCAUAGUAUAAGAUUUUCAUCUAAUCCAAUAGGAGGAUGAUUAAUACACUGCCAGUGACGUCAUGUGGUUUACAAUGCUCUGACUUUGCCUUUACACAAUUACGGACCAAAUAUAAGGGUAAAUGGGACCAGUGAUUAUUCCAUUUCUAUUUAAAUCAUCUCAUCCUCGCUCUGUAUGGUGCAAGCAGUAAGAAGUUAUUGGGGUUGCCCAGGAAUAGAAAAAAAUAAAACAGAUCUAAUUUCUUCCAAAAACAGCACCACCCCUGUCUUCAGGUUGGGUGUGGUAUUGCAGCUCAGUUGCAUUUAAAGGGAUUCUCCACUACCACACAACGGGCUGCGAAGGUCGUGACGUCACGCCACGCCCAAUCAAUGCAAGUCUAAGGGAGCGGGCGUGGCAGCUGCCACGCCCCCUCCCUUAGACUUGCAUUGAUUGGGCUUGGCAUGACAUCACGAGGGGCGUGGCUAUGACAUCACGACCCCCGCAGCCAGCACCCAAUGUUCAGAACAAAAUGUUCCAAACGAUGUUCCAAACGAUGGGGCAGUGGAGUACCCCUUUAAGUGAACGGAGACAAGUUGUAAUACCAUGCACAACCUGAGGACAGGGGUGGUGCUGUUUUUGGAAGGUCUGUUUUGCUAUUCCUGGACAACCCAUUUAAUGGAUUCCCAAACUCUACAAUCCAUGUGACAUCAGAAGGAUAUAUACAUUAAUAUGUAAUUGUUUUUUUUGCUGUUUUUUUUUUUUUCUUACAUUAUUGGCUUAGUCCUUCCGCCAUAUGUUGCUAAAUUAAACAAUAUGGUAAAAUUCAUAUAAACAAGCUAUAGAAGCCCCUGACAUCCAAGAGAUUCGGGAUUAUUGGAUGGACCAAAAAAAAAAAUCACAUAAUAGGAUUUUUUAGUCUAAAAAAUGUUGUAGCCCUCGAACAGUGUUACCCAACUAGUGUGCCACCAGCAACUGCAAUGCUGGAAACUAGUUUUUAGGAAGAGUUGGUGACUUGGGUAUAGUCCCUAAACAAUCUGGUAGGCACUCCAACAUAAACACCUGGGACUGUCUCGGUAUAUUAGGGACAAGUGGUAACUAGGAUACGGUCCCUAAAUUACUAUCUGGUAGACACUCCAACAACAACACUUGGGAUUGCCCCCAAGAGAUUAGGGACAGUUGGCAACUUACGUAUGGUCCCUAAAUUUACUAUCUGGUAGGCACUCCAGCAUCAGCACCUAGGACUGUCCCGUUAGAUAAGGGACAAUUAGUGACUAAAGUAUGUUCCCUAAAUUACAAUCUGGUAGGAACUCUAGCAUCUGGGACUGUCCCAGUAGAUUAGGGACAGUUUGUGACUAGGGUACAGUCCAUAAGUAUUGAUCUGGAAAACAUCCUAACAUCAACACCUGGGACUGUCUCGGUAUAUUAGGGACAAGUGGUAACUAGAAUACGGUCCCUAAAUUACUAUCUGAUAGACACUUCAACGUGAACACUUGGGAUUGCCCCAGGAGAUUAGGGAUGGUGGUUGAUUUAGGUACCGUCCUUAAAUUUAAAUCUGGUAGGCACUCCAGCACCUGGGACUGUCCCGGUAGAUAAGGGACAGUUAUUGACCAGAGUAUGGUCCCUAAAUUACGAUCUGGUGGGCACUCUAGCAUCAGCAUCUGGGACUGACCUGGUAGAUAAGGGACAGUUGGUCACUAGAGUAUGGUCCCUAAAAUACGUUCCGGUAGCCACUACAACUUCAACACCUGGAACUGUCCCGGUAGAUUAGGGACUAGGUUUAUUGUAAGCUUGGGGCAAAGGGUAGAUACCCUGUUUUGCCUCAAAAGCAACAAUUGGACUCCCCAAAUAAGUUCCAAAACAGGCCUAAGAACCUGACCCUUGGUGACGUCUCCAGGAAAUUUUAGUUUUUGGCCAUAAGGGUACCCAACUUUCGGAUUCAUAUCUACCGUGUUUGCGGUUUCAUAGAUUUUAAUUUAGGGACUUCUUAUCCACUUGUCAGACUCCUCGUAGAGUUGGAUUAAAUCGUAAAGAAAAAAACUAAAAACCAAAACUAAAAAACACAAAAACAUUCUCCCAAUGCAGUACAAAUCAUAUAUUUUGUGUAUUCCCAUAUCAUUUUCUCUCUUCCCAUAACAGAAUUUCUUUUUCUUUUUGCCCCUUGCACCCCGACCACCUACGACCCAUAUAACGUGUAUAUAGUCUAUACAUAUAUACAGCCGGCGUGUUGUAAAUAUAUCUGAAUGUGUCUCACGGUUCUGUAAGCAGCAACGCUUGUGAUGUCUCCUCAUUGACGAGUGACUAACUCCGGAUUGUGACGUACUAAUGGCCGUAAAAUGGAAUAAUAUUAUUAGAAUUUUAAAUUUUUUUUAUAUAUAUAUAUAAUUUUUUUUGUUUGUUUUGUUUUUCCCUGAUCGGUGGCUUAGUGAUUUAGACGUGUGAUGUAGCAAAGAGAUUUAGGAGCUAAAGUAGAACUUUAUUAGGUUUAUGUGGCAUGUCGCAGCAGUAGAGACUGAUAGGGUUAGUAAAAAAAUUUUGAAAAAUUAGCACAGUCGUCGGUGACAUACAGAGUUUGAUAUGGUAAUUGUCGUAAACUUUUUUUCCUCUAAGGAGAGCGUCCUAUGGCCAGGAAUAGGUGAAAGUGUUUUUUGGGGGGUCAGGCAGGUUGAUUAGUUUUUUUUUUUUGCUUUAUUUCGUUGUCCAAAAUGGACUCUCAUAGUUCGAUGUUGGGCUGGGGAAAUUCAGGCUGCCCUUUCAUGGUGCCUGAACCUAGAGUCCUCAUUGAGGUCCCCAGCCAACCCUGUAGACCUUGAUUGAUAGAUCUCUCCCUACACCAGUGGUUUCUCCCUGGUGGUUUUUUCCCUGCCCCAUUGGCCUCAACUGAUAGAUCCCUUCUCUCUAUGGGUAUAGGGCAAUCGUGUCAAACUGUAGCCCUUUAAAUGUUGCAAAACUUCAACUCCCAGUAUGCCCGGACAGCCAUUGGCAUGCUGGGAGUUGAAGUUUUGCAACAUCUGUAGAGCCACAGUUGCCCUAUACCCAUAGAGAGAAGGGAUCUAUCAGUUGAGGUCAAUGGGGCAGGGAGAAAUUACCUGGGACCGCCCUGAUGACUCAUGGUUUCGGGCAGCAUGAAAGCGAUGACAACUUCUUAUUCAAUUGGACCUAUCAAAAGAAAAUUUGUAGCUCCAGCCUGUAAUUCCCUUGUUCAUGCCUGCAGGUUCUAUGUAAACCUUCUCAACCAACCAAAAUCUAUCUAGUUUAAAACAGUGAAUAGAUGGUAGGGAGGAGGGAGAUGCAGCUGAAGUAGAAGUGUGGAGACACAAACUACACCAAAGUAAGGGGCAAACAGCAUAUGGGAAGGGUCCUCUCAGUUAGGAUAGGUUCAGGUUGAGUUUGUGCUGACACCUGUGGACAUUUUCACCCAGGAAACUUCCCAGAGACACCUACUUUGAUGAACAUUUGCAUAACUCCGCCUUCAACAAUCCUGGGACAGUUGGGAGGCAUGCUAAUGCUAAUAUUUAGGAGGUAAGGGUCAUUAUAUGAGAAUGGUUGGGACUGGUGGAAACGUGCUCAGAUGGUCUACAUAGGACCUGUUUCGAACUUACUCUCUCAGGAUUAGAAAAACAUAGUUGCUUAUAAACAGCACCCCCACCCGGUCACAGGUUGCGAGUGGCAUUGCAACUCGGCCCUAUUAUUUUUUUAAAUCGGGCCGCACCAUGAUACCCAGGGACAAAAAGAAGCGGAGAAUAGCCAUGUUUUUCCAGUCCUGUAAAACCUCCAUAAACUCUACCUCACUAUCUCAGUAUCUUUUCAGCUGUAUUGUCCUGGUAUAGAUACUUGUAGAUUUUCAUGUUUUUUGAAACCUAAAGGGAAUAUUCCACUAAAAAGUUAGAGGCUUGUUAUGGCCAUCAAGCACAUUUCCUUCAGCCAGGCUCCACCCACUUCCCUUGAGUUGAGCCAUGUGACACCAAAGCUCCUCCCAGAGAAGUAAAGGGAAUAUAAAGUAGUAUUUGAAGGCUGUAACAUAGGACAAAGCUACAAUAUACAACAUAUAAUCAUACAUUUCCACUGAAACAUUUCCAGGCCGUCGUCGACGUAACUGUGCAUUACUGAAUGGAAUUUUCCUUUAAAGAGUACCCGUCACUAAAUAAAACUUUUAAUAUAGUGUUCCUUGUGUAAUUAGCAGACACUUUUCCAUUUACUUGCUUUUAAAAUUAUCAACAUAAAUUUGUUUAAAAUGUAAUAGAAAAAACGGACACUAGGUGGCUCCGUUCUGUUCCCUGCUGCAAUUAAUACUGUGAGUUUGGUCUCCUCCCGGCCUGGCAGGAGACCAAACUCAGGAAGUGCUUCUCUGCACUGAGCCUGAUUGACAGCUGCACAGAGCCUCACUGAAACAUGCACAGUGCCUGAGGUCUUCUAUUCAUCACAGCACUGCAACCAUGUGAGGGCGGAAGUGGUUCCCCCAGCAGGCUUCACUGAUGUCAUGCCUGAUGGAAAACACCCACUUUCUCCUGCUGGGAGAUUGUACUAUGUGAGCAAGAAUAAAGGUAAGAUACAGAGCUUUUGAAAGCUCUGGAUUUAUUUUUAGGGGUAGGAGGAAUGUUAGAAGUAGUUAGGGAACAUAGCCUGAGUUAGUUUAGAAAAGUAUAUAUGGUGACAGGUACUUUUUAAAUGACGAGUACAUUUCAACUUGCACCUACAGGGUUUGAUCCAUAUCUAAUUAACACCUACUCAAAAAAAUAGCAACUGGACUUCCCCAAGUAAAUGGGUUGUAUAAGAAUCGAAAAACAUGACUGUUUACUGGCUACUUUUUGCUUGAAACAGCGCCACUAUUGUCCACAGACUGUAUCUGGAAUUGCAGUGCACCUCUAUUAGUUUGGUUUCACACCACGUUUUGUACUUACGGUUCCUGUAUACGGCUGGGAGGAGGGGGCGGGGCUUAAUCAUGGCGCCCGCACUCAGCCAUAUAGGGGAACCGUAUUUAAUGCAUGUCGGCUGCCUUUUCGGCCGUAUGCGGUUUCCCGACCGCAGGCAAAAACGAGGUCGACCGCGUUUUUGCCUACGGUCGGGAAACCGCCUACGGCCGAAAACGCAGCCGACCGGAGGCUGCGAUUCACUUCGGUCGGCUCAUAGACAUGCAUUAAAUACGGUUCCCCUAUAAGGCUGAGUGCGGGCGCCCCGAUUAAGCCCCACCUCCCCCCUCCUCCAAGCCGUAUACGGGAACCGUAAGCACAAAACGUGGUGUGAAGCCACCCUUAAAGUGAAUGGGACUGAGCUGCCGUACCAGACAGACCAUGACUACUAUCUGCCUGAAACAAUGCCAUUCUUGUCCCCAGGUUGCAGCUCAGUCCAUUCACUUCAAUAGAGGUACACUGCAAUACCACAUUGCAGUGCACCACCAUUGAAGUGAAUGGGACUGAGCAGCCAUACAGUGGCUACCUUCAGCAUGAAACAGUGCCAAUCUUUUCUGAAGGUGGUGUUUGGUAUUGCAGCUCAGCCCCAUUCAAAUAGGAUUCAAAAUAGGAUUGAGCUGCCAUACAUGACACAACCUGUGGACAAGAGUGGCGCUGUUUCUGGAAAAACCCACAUAUUUUUAAUCUCAUACAGCGAUUUUAACUCAGAUUAAUAUUGUACUUAUGUAAAUUGAAUGACAAUGUCUGUCCUGUGUUUUUUUUUUUUUUUAAAGCUAAAAUUGCAUAAUAAAGUGUGUAAAUUGUUAAUUUGAUGGCUGAUAAGUGGGAACGCCCAGGCCUCCCGGUGUUUGUCAUGUUGACGUGUAGGACCUCUCCUUCGUGACGUGUGCUGUUCAUGUGUAUAACUUCUGCCUUUUGAGAUGUGUAGGAAGUUGCUCUGAUGCUCUCAAACCGUGUCACAUCAUUUUCUGUAACUUAUGUAUAAAACUGGAAAUUCUUUAUACAUGACAAUACGAAUAUAACAUAAUUUGCUAAGUGUCGUAAAUCUAAUGUACAUAUUAAUAAAUGUUGGUAUAUAAAGCC